UUAAUUUUCAAACAUUUCCAAUUGAUUACAAUUUUCAGCCAUGAACCAAUCGAACCCCAAACAUCAAGCGGUGGAAUCGUCCGGCUCCGAUGAGCCGCGCCGCGUCCGCAAAACCGUCGAAGUGACCUCAACGCGCUACACCGAAAUCGUCGAACCCUCGGACGGCGCCCAGCCGCCCAACGGUCCGAUGGUGGUGAAGCGCGAGUCCCCGAGCCCCGACCUGUUUACCGCCAGUUUUGCCCGCGUCGACAACGGAAUCGGCGAGUUCCACGACACGGUGGGUCGCGACCAGCGCAAGUUCCGCGAACAGUGCCUGGAAAUGGUCCAGCCGUACGUGGCCCGGAUGGAGCAGGUUCUGGGCGAGGUGCGCCGGACCGAUGCGAACGAGCAGUUUGCCAAGCUGGAGGAGGACCGCCUCACCGACAAGGACGCUAUCCGGGACGGGCUGAGCAAGGUGCUGGAAGCGUCCCGCGAGAGGCAACAGCGGCGGGAGCGGGAGCUGGAGGAAGUUUUGAAACAUUUCUGAAAUUGUUUUUCAUAAUUUCAGCAGCAACAUUUGAAAGGGGCGGUACGACAUUGCUCUUACGGCCUUUCGUCCCAUUUAAACGCGUGUAAUGAAAGGCCGUAAAAGCAAUGU